CUCACACAUACGUCUUUCUUAUCAUGGCUCUUCAAAAGACUCUUGACGCUAUAUUGGUAGUUGGCCCUUCCGGCAUGGUUGGCAAGGUCCUCUGCCAAGCACUCAUCUCCAGAAAGUCCGAGUUCAAACGCAUUGCUUUCUUCAAUGACACAUCCAGGCCAGAGACAGAAGAAAAGCGACAACUUUUCGCCACCUUUCGUAAUGGUGGGAUGGAACAAGUCUCUGGCUUAUACACAGACACUGAAGCAUUUACUGGGUUUGACUGUGUCUUGAUGCCGUUGGGAAACCACGCAAUCAAAUUCCAACCCACCAUCAUUGAUACUGGAAUCAAGGCCGGGGUACGGCACUUUUAUCCUAGCGAAUGGGGAGCCGAUCUGACGGCAGGAUCAAACCGGACUCAACGAUACUACCGAGACAAGGUUCUUACUAGAGAGCAUCUGGAGAAGCGUGGUCGUGAUGAAGAUACACCAGAUCUCGGCUGGACAUACAUACAACUCGGACGUCUAGCAGAAUGGAGCAUCAUCAAACAUUUUGGAAUCGAUAAUGCAAACCAUACUGCUGACAUCUAUGGAACGCCAGAGGGAAGACAGUCAUUGCUUUCGACCGCGGACGCCAUCGCAUACACAAUUGAAACUCUCCGACAUCCAUUCUCAGUUGCUGACAAUGGCCAUCGACGCCCUUACCGUUUCCACGGUGCCUCGCCUACCUGGAAAGAAAUCUUUGACGAGCUAGAGGCAAUUACUGGCCAUCGAUAUUCGGUCACCUACCAUGAUGUUGAAUCAGCUGUGGAGAAGGAGGCUCGCGCAAAGGCCGUCGGCGAUGUCGACCUGGAACUAGAGGCUAGCCAUCAGUUGAUUCAAGGCAGGGGUGGAACUCUUUUGCCAGAGCCAUUCAACAAUAAUCUUUUCCCGAAUAUCCACCCGGAAUCAGUUCAUUCUAUCUUUGAGAAAAUCUUUAGAGAUGAAAAUAUGAGAAAGUUUCUAGGCUAUUAGAUUAGAUUGAAUAGCAUGCAGUAUAC